CACGCCUCAGAAGGACAGGUUGCGUUUUCCACCUUUUUUCCCCACUUUCCCUGCUAUCCCCGCGUCUCCGCGCGCACUGUGGACGCUCAGGUAUUUAGGCGGAAAGUGGGGGCAAUAAGCUGCGAGAGGCCCGAUCCACGAAAUAAGAGCAAAUGAAGGGCCUGGGAGGUUGGCGAAAGAAAAAGUGAGCGCAGGGGGAGGGCGGGCCACCUGUGACGGCGAACCAGCCUCUGCGUGGCUUUCAGUGGGUGUUGGAGAGUGUACAGAGGCGUUUAAAGUCCACCGGGAUCAUUUCGAAGUCCAGGAAACGUCAAAAUCCUGUCCACAGUGGUGAUUUUUUUCCACGAACACAGGUUUCUCAUACCCCCCGCACACACACACACCUCUGUAGAGAGCAUGUAUCUUCGUACACGUCUGUAUCGGCCGGAGGGGGUCUGUCUGAAGAGGCACUCGGCGGAGAUGCAGGGAGCUCAGUCUUCGGCGCACCUCCUGCUGCUGAGCUGCCUGUGUGCAGCCACGGCUGGCUUCCCGUUCCGAACGCCCCAGGACCUGGAUGUGACUCCGCGUGUCACCGUGCUGAGCAGUGGUCUCCAGGGAAGGCGUUUUCGGUCUUCUGCAGUCAACUACAGCACUGUGCUGCUGGAGGAGGACAGCGGGCGUCUCUACGUCGGGGCCCGGGGGGCUGUAUUUGCUCUCAACGCCUCUGACAUCUCAUCUAACUCUACUCGCACAAUUGAGUGGGAGGCCUCCCCUGAACAGAAACACGAGUGCCUGCUGAAAGGAAAAGACAACAGGACGGAGUGUUUUAAUCACAUCCGCUUCCUGCAGAGAUUUAACUCAACUCAUCUCUACAUGUGUGGGACUUAUGCCUUCAGACCCCUCUGUGCUUACAUAAAUGAGGAGAGAUUUGUAAUGUCAUCAGAGCCCGAGGAAGGCAGGGACAAAUGUCCUUACGGGCCAACAACAGGUUACACUGCUCUCAUUAUAGACCAGCAGAUGUUUACAGCUACUCAGUAUGAAUUCCGGAGCUUUCCAGAUAUCCGGCGUAACUCCCCAUCUCCUACUCUGAAGACUGAGGAUGCUCCCACACGCUGGCUGAAUGACGCACACUUUGUGGGAUCGGCGCUCGUUAGAGAGAGUUUGGACGGCAACACCGGGGAGGACGAUAAAAUCUACUUUUUCUUCACCGAGAAGAGCCAGGAGCAGGCCGCAGCGUACAGUCACAGCAGGGUGACGCGCGUUGCCCGGGUUUGUAAGGGAGACAGAGGAGGUCAUUUAACUCUCCAGAAGCGGUGGACAUCCUUCCUGAAGACCAGGUUGUCUUGCUCCCUGCCUGAAUAUGACUUCCACUUUAAUGUGCUGCGCAGCGUGUUCACUAUGCCCGGCCUCACGCCUCGGGACACUCUCUUCUAUGGAAUCUUCGGCCUGGAGUGGAAAAACGUGAAGGCAUCUGCAGUGUGUCGGUUCUCUCUGCCUGAAGUCCAAGAGGCCUUUGAAGGACCUUACAUGGAGAACAAGGACUCUGACUCAAAGUGGAAAGAAUACACGGGAAAGAUCCCUGAUCCACGGCCUGGAACGUGUAUAACUGACACUCUUAGAGCCAGGGGCAUAGACAUCUCCACCUCCCUGCCUGAUGAUGUGCUGGAUUUUGUCAGACGCCACCCUUUGAUGUCCCAACAAGUCGAGCCAUUAGAUAGACGUCCACUUUUGUUCAGGAGGACAACGGACUACACGCAUAUGGCAGCACACGUGGUCCAGGGUUUAGAUGGACAAAUGUACCACGUUUUAUACAUGGGGACAGAUGAGGGCUGGUUACACAAAGCUGUGGAAGUCAACGGUCAGCUGCUCAUCAUUGAGGAGCUGCAGCUGUUUGAUGAACCCCAACCUGUCACCAGUCUGCAGAUAUCCACAAAGCAGAUGAGUGUGUAUGCGGGCUCUCCGUCAGGCAUGGUCCAGCUGCCGCUCUCUAAUUGUAGCAGGUACACUUCCUGCUACGACUGUAUCUUUGCCAGGGACCCACACUGUGCCUGGAAUGGAGCCACAUGUACAGAUGUAACCGCACGGUCAGACAGAUCCUCUUUGAUCCAAGACAUCCAGCAAGGGAGGAUAGGAUGUGAAGAAGCACAAUACAAUGUUGUCCAGCGGAGCCGCAGUGUGCGGGUGGGCGAUGACGUCCUGCUGCAGUGUGAGCUCAGUUCCAACCUGGCAACGCCCCUGUGGACACUGGAUGGCGAGGAGGUGCAGGGCUACGACCUGAACUCCGGUUUCAGAACCGGCACGGACGGCCUGCUGAUCAUCGAGGCUCGGCAGGAGAAGAGCGGCCUCUACACCUGUCACGCUGUGGAGAACGGCAUCAGGGUGGCCGUGGUGGCCUACAACGUGACCAUCAGCCUUGGCCAGCCCCCUCCCCCUCCAGUGGAACCAGGUCACAGGCUGUCCACCACCCGUCUAGCCCCACCACCUGAGCAUCCCUCAUCUCAGGCACCCCCGUUACCCCCCACCCACUCAGAGCGACUGUCCCCCAGGAACAUGGAGACCGUGUACCUGUCCCUCGUCACCAUCCUGGGAGGAUUGUGUGUGGUGCUCGCCGUCGUGCUCACCUAUGUGGGCUUUUGUUUGCGAGUGGGCAACAGAGGGAAGUACUCUUUGCGUGCUGCUGCCGCAGCAUACCCGAGCAGCAAGAGAAGCAGGAGCAGAAAACAUCACCGGAACUCCUCCCACAUGGAGCUAAAGACCAUCUCCAGUCACUGUAACGGCAACGGCGUCUGCAACGGAGGCUCAAAGCUACAUAACGGCGGCAUAGAGGAGGGAGGCUUUCUGCAGAUUGUCCCCGGAGAGGGCGAGACGUCCACGAAGAAGGAGCCUCCGCCCGCAGCCCCCCCCCUCCCUCCCGCCCCUAAUAUCCCCUCUCCAGAGUGUGACUUCCCCAGCGGGCUGUCCGCCACAUUGCCCACCGUCCUGAGGAGGAUGAACGGGAACAGCUAUGUCCUGCUGAGGCAGAGUGACUCUGAGAACACCUCGCCGCUCUGCUCCUCCUUUGCGGAGGAGCUCAACAGGAUCCUCGAGAAGAGGAAACACACUCAGCUGUUGCCCAGGCCGGACGAGAGCUCUGUGUAGAGACAUGGGGGGGGGGCGCGUUUUUACUCGGUGCCUGUCACGUGACUCAAUGUUGUGGACUCAGUAGUCUUAUCUACAUUGCUUAUGUCGGCGUUUUUGAGAAGUCCACGUUUAGACAUUCCAGCUUUUUCAACCCUUGUGCUACCUGAAUUCCCAAAUUUGUUCAGCACAAAACAAAUGAAAAUGAGAGAAAAUCCCUGAAGGGCCGACCACGUGACAGAAAAAAAGUGCCAUCUACCUCACCGAUAUAUUGCCCAGAGAAUCAUGUGCAGUCAAGCCUGUCAUCCGAUCCAAAAAACAGUGCUGAGAUCUCAUCCAUAGAAAGUUAUCUGAUCUAAAAACUCUAGCAACAUGGGUAUAUGAAUAUAUGUCAGAAGUGGAUUUAGACGAGAGGGCAGCUAGCCAAAGUUUGUUUGCGCAGAGAAGUGCACAGAUGGCCUAUGCAUUUUUAAAACAUGACUUUCAUCCAUUAUGAAUAUUGAUGGAAAUGGACAUGGUGAGCCAUGUUAAGUGGUGUACACUUAAAAAAAAACUUACAGCCGAUGUAUAAAAGUAUUUUAUUUCCGAACUGCAAUCACUGCCAACCAAGUAGUGUCAUCCUUUGUUUACUGGCCACGUGGAUGCUAUGGUGAUACUUGAUACCCUUUAGCUGUUUCCCGAGUGAGCCACUCGUUCUGUGGACUGAAUGCACAGCAGACAGCAGCAAGGGCUGCAUCCUGUAUGCGUUUGUG